AUGAAUGCCAUUCGGGUGUCUGCUGCGGAGCUUAUCAUUGAGCCACUUCGGUCGCCCGACGGGUUCUGCGGUCCUCAGCACAACAACGCCGGCUGCGCCGGCACGGAUGCCCAGUGCUGUAAUUCCGAAACGUGGGCCUGCGGCAAUUCGGAGUAUUGUCGCCAUCACCUCUCCGCUAACAUACCGGCCAGAGAGGAUUGUGCGGACGGCACGUGCUACGAGGGGUUAUGCGCCGGCGACAAAGUCUACAGCACUGAUGGCACCUGCGGCAGCGAGCAUGACAACCGGCUCGGCCAAUGUGGCACCGGCGCCGACUUUUGUGGCGAGAGCGUGUGUCAGUCGGGCAACUGUGACUGGUCGUGGCUCAGGCGCACUACGACGGUCACCUCCUCGGUGUCGUCCACAGCGUCGACCACCGUCAGCAGGAGCAGCACGAGCACCAGCACCAGCACCAGCACACGGCCUCUCCCGAUGUUGUCCAGCAGCUGCAGUGACGGAACCGGAGCUGGCGGCCUCGCUGGGCUCUGCUCCUGGGCCUGCUCUCACGGCUUCUGCCCAAACCCCUGUACUUGCACCCCAGGCACGCCAGCCGCCCUGCCGCCCCCGACCGGCGACCGAGGCUACGCCCUGCUGGACCUCCGGGACGAGCCGGGCUUCUCCGACCUGUGCGACUUGGUGUGCUCGUACGCCGCCGACUACUGUCCAGAGCAGGUGUGCACCAAGACCCCCUACAGCACCGUGCAGCAGCCCGGCACCGUCUGCGUGCAGGGCGAGGGCGAGGGCGGCUACGCCGGCUUGUGCAGCUACGCGUGCCGCUACUACGGGUACUGCCCGUCUAGUUCCUGCACCUGCACCCUGUAUGGCGCGGCCAUUCAAGAACCGUCUAUCCUUGGCACCCCGGGCGAGGCCGCACCGGGCGUCGACGACAGCUACGACGACCUGUGCAACUAUACCUGCAACCGCGGUUACUGUCCCACGGAAAGUUUGCGCUUAUUCGACCUAGACUUCCAGGCUUCCAGCUUGCCCAGGUUGUAG